UAUUUGAAUUAGCGCCACUAUUGUGAACAUAUUCGAAUCAGCUGGGACGAGAAUUGUAUGUAUUUGUUUUGGAGUGAAAGUUGUAAUCGUGAUAAGUAAAUUUUAAUAUGAAGGCUUAAUCCUGCUUAAGACUAAGUGCAAUAUUACUGAACCAAUCGUUUGUUUCUGGAAUCUGGCAAAUAAUCUCGUGUCGCCAGCUUCUGCGGUAUGACUGCCAAUGUCGGAGUGCCGUUGAAUUGAAAUAAUGUUUGUGGGUGAUAUAAAAAAGGACUUUUACGGUGAAUUAAUUGGAAAGAGAAUUUUGUUGCUCGUGAACCAUGACGUGGAUGCCAUAUGUGCAUGUAGGAUUUUGCAUUGCUUGUUAAGGGCUGACAGUGUUGUUUAUACACUAGUUCCAAUUGAAGGAAUAAAAGAUUUGGAAACGGCCUACAAAGAAAAUUCUGAUCAGGUAAAAUGUGUUGUGCUCAUAAAUUGUGGUGGUAACAUUGAUAUAGUUGAAGCAUUACAACCUGAAGAAGAUGUAAAGUUCUUCAUACUUGACAGUCAUCGACCAUUUGAUGUUUGCAAUGUUUAUAAUAAUACUCAGGUGUUUUUGGUGUCAAAUGAAGAAGAUGGAAUUCCUGAAUUUGAUCAAAUUUUUAGGGAUGAUGAGUCAGAAGAAGAAAAUGAAGAGAGUGAAGGCUCUGGAGAGGAGGAAUCCCGUCAGGCUAAACGCAGGCGUUUGGGGGAAGAAGCCAUCCUCAAAAGAAGAGAACGCAGGUUAUGGGAAGAAAAUAGAAACCGAAUCAUGUUUGAGUAUACACAGUUCAGUUACUAUGGUCGUUCCAGUGCUGUGGAAAUGUUUGAAUUAGCGUGGAAACUUUCAAAGGACGACAAUGAAAUGUUGUGGUGGUGCAUUGUUGGUGUGACAGAACAACUGCUUAUGGGUAAAAUUGAAAAUCAGCAAUAUGUAUUGGAGACAGGAAAUCUGCAAAAUCAUGUUGCCAGACUGAGUCAGCACCAAAAUAUGCCAGAUGAUGAUUUUGGUAAUGAUGAGAUCCAAAGGCUUUGUCCAAAACUGAAAAUCACAUACACCAAAGAUCUUCUUUUGGCAUUGUAUCGCCACUGGACAGUGGAAAGUAGCUUGCGGUAUUCUGUUUACCCCUCUUGUAAACUCCGACUCUGGACACUGAAGGGUGAAAAGAAGAUGAACGAGUUGCUGGUUGAGAUGGGAUUACCUUUAGCUCAAAGUCGACAAAAAUUCAGUUCAAUGGACUUGGACCUUCGUCAAGAAUUCCAUUCAAAGAUGGAGAAGAUGGGUGAGAAAUAUGAAAUGGAUGGCAUUGUUUAUGCGUCAUUUACAUUGCAGCACGGCUUCCGUGGCAGAUACUGUGCAGCUGAUGUUGUUUAUGCUAUGUUGGCAUUGUUGGAGCAUACGGGAAAGGAUCGGUUGCCUGCUGACUGCUUCAUGGAUGCUUUAGAUUGCCUCUCAAGAAACAAGAGAGAUGUACUGGAGGAUGGAAUAGAGAAGGCAAAAAAGUUAUUAAUGUGUAUUUUCAGGCAUGUUCAGUCUAUGCUUGAAAUGCGAUUGGUAAUAUCAGCAGGUCCAUUUCUGUACAUGGUUCUUCAAGAGGGCUCUAUAGAUGUGAAGAUGUUUUCUCGUCCUCACAGUCUUGCAUUGCUAGCACAGUUUGCACUGCAGGCUUAUGUAGCUGUUUCCCGCAACAAGAAAGCUCAUGGCCUACCCAUGGUUGCCUCAGCCCCUCUUGAUCCGUCAGAAGGGACAUGUCUUGUUGUUGGUAUUCCUCCAGUUUCAGAGGAUUCACCUAAGAACUUCUUUGGGAAGGCAUUUGAACAAGCUGCAAUCAAAAUACGGGCUCGAAUGACUAUGGAUUGCUUUGACACCUCAAUUGUUCAGUUGAAGACAGAUGACCGAGCAAAGUUCUUCGAUGCACUGACUACUCUUCUUAGCUGACUCUUCAUGUAUCUCUGUUUUACUCUUUACACAACAGACAAUUGCAGUGCCUUGUCUGAAGGAGUCUUUCACAUGUUAGUACCUCUACACAAGUGCUAGCACAGUUGGCAAAAAUGACAAAAAAUCUCUUCAUACUCCGUCACAUGUUCUUUCAAAAACAAGCUUUAAAUAUCAAUUAUACUAUAAUGAAUAGUGCCUUUUAAGGUAUAUGUGAAUGAAUGGUUUAACAGUUAAUAUUGUGUGUGUGUGUGUGUGUGUGUGUGUGUGUGUGUGUGUGUGUCUGUGUGUGUGUGAUUUGGAGUGUACAAUAAGAUUUACAACUUCCUGUGUAUUUAAUGCUUAGCUGUUAUGGGAUCUUGGUAGUGACAUUACCUGAUAGUAAAAUUAUUUUAUGAGCAGUCAAUUCUUGUAUGUGAUAUUGACAUUUUGUAUAAAUUUUCAUAUACUUCUCAUGUUUUACAAAAAAUAGACAAUGAAAUAUAUUAUGAACAGAGGAGUCAUAAAUUGACUGAAGUGUUUUAACACAAUUGUCACGUAGGUGUAAAGAGUCAAAAAAUAUUUGAAAUGUUCAAU